AUGUAUCCUCCUGGAUCCGCAGUGUAUCCUCCUGGAUCUCGCAGUGUAUCCUGCUCUCCGGGAAUCUCGCGUGGAUCUCCAUGGUAUCCCGGUGCAGUGUGUAUCCUCCUGGAAUAUCGCAGUGUUCCUCCGCUGGAUCAUCGCAGUGUAUCCUCCUGGAUUCAUCGCAGUGUACUCCUGGAAUCUCGCAGUGUAUCUCGCUGUUGCAUGAUCUCGGUCGAGUGUUAUCCUCCUGAUAUCGCAGUGUAUCCUCCUGGAUAUUCGCAAGUUCAUCGGAUAUCCAAUGUUCCUACUGGAUUUGCGGCAGUGUAUCCUCCUUGGAUCGCGUGGUCCCUGGACCGAACUUUGAGCUCCGGUGUCGCUGGCUCUGGACUAAUUCGUGCUCUGGAAAACGCUGCAAACGAAUGUCGAGCAACAGUCUACACCCUCUCAUCACCGGCAUCUCUGGACCGACGUGGACCCAAGAGGCAGGCGUAAAUCUGAAAAAUGACGAGCCCUUCUUCACAGCUUUAACCGACAUUUCACCCAAGUGAUGCAAAGAACUCUGACAUUUCUGUAGUAUACGUGCAAAGCGUCCUCACGCUGAAAGUUAUGUUGUCAGUAGGUAAUUAAAAAAAAAACAAAAAGAAAUGAAAAGGUCUAAAUCGUAUUCUUUACAUUGAUUACUUGAAAUAUGCUUCUGGAAUGUGAAAUCUGAAUAUAUUAGCCUGCAAAGUUAAAUACUAAAAGUUUCACCUGCGUCGUAAAUCAACGCCGCAUUGAACGAACCCUGUCUUCAUCUGCCGCACGAGUGCUACGGUUGUGCGUGACGUGGGGCGUGCGGAAGGCCUGAACUCCGCAAAGGGAAUUGCAACCGCAGCAGCACAUUUCGCGCGUCGCAAGGGCGCGUCUCGCUUUCAGCAGCUCCGCAGCGG